AUGUCCGCCAAACCAGCCAUUGUUUUCGUCCCGGGAGCAUGGCACAAGGUCGCUCAAUAUUCACUGGUCACAUUACGUCUCGAGCAAGCCGGGUAUGAAGUCCAUGGGGUCGAUUAUCCAUCUACCGGCCCAAACCCGACCCACGAGACUUUUGACCCUGACGUUGAGAAGAUCUCAGGCGUCAUCGAGUCGCUCGCGGACCAAGGCCGCGACGUGCUGGUAGCAGUCCACUCUGCAGCUGGAAUCAUUGCUGGCGAGGCUGCGAAAGGAUUGCUGAAGUCGACUCGUGAGAGCAAUGGCAAACAGGGCGGCAUCACACACAUGGUCUACAUCUGUGCUUUUGCGGCUGCGGAGGGCACCUCGCUAUGGGAGACGGCCAACGGUCCGCAAGAUUGGGAGAUUGUAGAAGGAGCGACGGUGAGGUGUGGCCGGCCUGAGAUGUUCUACAAUCGUUGCACGCCGGAGCAAGCCAAAGAAAACACAUCCAACUUACAGCGGUUCGCGAAAGGCACAUUGACAAGUAGAACCUCGUAUGCGCCUUGGAAAGAAGUCGCGUGUACGUACCUGAUCUGCCAAGAGGAUCACGCGAUUCCACCGGCGGCGCAGGAAGCCAUGUCGACGCAACCUGGAGCGAAAUUCGAGGUCGUGAGGUGCCAAGCCGACCACAGCCCUUUCUUGUGUAUGCCAGAGUUUACGACAAACGUAAUACGACAAGCAGCUAGAGAGGCGAUCGAGCUACAAGUGUAG